UCGACAGCGGUGAAUGAUCCUCAACUCAACCUCCACAUUCUCCGUACAAUAUCUCUGGUGGUUCCUCCUCCAUUGUUCCUUGGCAGUUCUUCCAGUCCUUUUGAACGCAUUCGAGCAAACGUCAGCAUCAUGUUCAAGUGGGCACAGCAGCAGCUAGCCAACGUCGCCGGCACGCAGGAGCCCAUCUAUGGCCCCUCCGCGAUUAAGUCGGUUGCCGAGGAGGCCAAGGAGACGCCUUACACAGAGACCACAAGGGACGACUUGAAAUGGCAGGCCAUGGAAUCGACCAGCGUCGAGACGCAAACAUUCUACUUCAUGGCCGAGAGCGGGCAGCUCGCCUUUGCCCAGGUCCUCUAUAGCAACGUGGCCGGCAUCCGAACUACCUGCCAGUUCAACUGCAAGAUCUUCAGCCUCGAUGGCUCGAAACCCCGCCUCUGGUCCUCGACGCCGUUGAGCAACCACGAUUUCAGCGAGGACAUGACUGGCUUCUACGCCGAUGAUCUGGCCGUCGAGCUCUCCGAGGAUGGAACGACAUUCACGAUCAAGUCGAUGAAUGACGAGAAUGCGAUCGUCAACCUGACGAUCAAACGGACGGCGCCAGGUUUCAAGGCGGGAAAGACAGGCAAGACGCUGUUCGGCACCGACCUUUCCAACCCGUGGGGAUCCAUGCGUCACAUUUUUUGGCCGAGGUGCGUCGCCGAGGGAACCAUUACCACCAAGGAGGGCCCCGUCGACUUCAAGGGCAGGGCAUUCUUCUCGCACGCCCUGCAGGGCAUGAAGCCCCAUCACGCCGCGGCCAAGUGGAACUUCUGCGACUUCCAAGGCCCUACCUACUCAGCAAUCCUGAUGCAGUUUACGACUCCGCCGUCGUAUGGUUCGACGGUGGUGGCGGUGGGUGUCAUCGCCAAGGAUGGCGAGAUCAUUGUGGGCGGCUGCGAUAGCACGGUUACUCAUGUGCAAACCAAGAGCGACAGCGAAAACGACUGGCCGGAGCCGGCUAUCAUAAAGUACACAUGGGUUGGGACGAGCAAGGACGGCAAGCGGGUUGAAGCGGUCAUUGAGGGCGCCCUUGAGGACAAGUUGGACAGGAUAGAUGUCAUGGCCGAGGUCCCCGGCUUUGUGAAGACAAUUGUUGCCAGUGCUGUUGGCACGAAGCCCUACAUUUACCAGUACUCUCCCCAGAAGACGAAGUUGUCUUUGAGGCUCAAGAUCGGGGACGAGGAGGUUACCGAGGAGGGCGUCGUCUUCGCCGAAGCGACCUUCAUUUCACAAUAAUAAGCAAUUUCCUCGGUUGGACGGUGGGCUUUGGGUACUCUGUCGAGUUACUGGUCGUCAGGAUUAGCGUUUAGGGUGGCCAUCGUAGGAGACACGGGUUGCUCGCCAUACAACUGCGCUAUAUAUGGUUCCUGGGGUUGAGCAUAGGGCGGUUUGCAACAGACAGGAAAGGCUUCGCUGACUACCUAAUGAGAUGGGCCCGCAUAGUAACAAGGGCGUAGAACAG